AUGCCGCCGUGGCGACCCAGUGUAGGGGAAACCCUCAAUUUCGCUCCCGGGCCCAAUCACGAAGCCUGGGAAGAAAGGCUGAAGGCCUCAUUCGAACAGACCCCGCGUUAUCUCUUCCGAGUGUAUGAUGACACCUCCUCCGGCACUACAAACGCAGAAUAUGUUUCCUCCCGUCUCGCCGACCUGGGUAGCCUUGACUGUCGCCGCAACAUGCUCGACCAGACCACCAAGAAGGCCGCGAGUAUCUUGAAUCAACAUCUGAACUGGAGGGGAUGGCAACAUGAACGAGAUGUAGAUAAUCUCGUUUCCUGGUCAAGUUCCUUAUUGUUCACUCUGCAAUAUGCCUUAUACAGGCACAAUAAGCGAAGAAAGGGGCGUUCUGCACACAAUGUCCACAUUAUCAUGAUCGAUACUACAAAGUUCCCUAGGGAGACAUUCAUACGAGAUCUUGAGGUCAUGCACUGCCUCCGCAAUGGCAACCUCCAGUUGAAACAGCUUUACCGAUUGCGGACGACGGGCCAACGCGGUCGUAUCUUUUCUUUUGGCGAAUACCUCAGUCAGGGCUGUAUCAACGUCAGCAGAGCCUCUGGUGUGACAUCCCUGAAGAAGCUCAUCGACACUGGACUCUUCAACGAAUCCGUCUGCCCCUAUCUUGGGGAUAGUGUACACUGGUCGCGCUUGGCCAAGCGCGUCUUGACCUUGCGGGAAGAGGUAGAUUCGCUCAGAGUUGAGCAGCAAGCAUGGGCAUCACUAGAACACACUCGCGCCUUCAUUGCCAUCGCGGAAGCCUGUUUCGGUUCUCAUGGAGCUAACCGUAAUCUGGCGCCUGCUUUUGCAGUCAUGCUGUUGUCCCUGUCGCGUUUUUCAGGCUUUGAAAACGACAGUGUAGUUGCAUUUCUGAAACUCUACCCAGGUACGUGA